GUUGUUAUCGCGAGAUUGACAGGCUGCUGACAUGACAACAGGUGAACGCGAGUUCAAUGUCAGAAACGCUCAGGACAUCACAGCGGGAUUAAUGCGUGAUGAGAGGACGAGGACGAGGACAGAAAGAAAAUCCAGACAAUCCCUUUGCAAUUGGAGGAGGAUGGGACGUCCCGCGGUGCUUUUGUUUCCUGUGAGAGGAAAUCUUCAAUCACUUCAACCCUCCGUCUUCAUUGGUCCGUGCAGUGUCUCAUGAAACCUCCGAUUGGUCCUUCAUUCCACUGUGAAGACUUGUCAGCCAAUCAGCAUCUGCCUGGCAGCGUCUCCUCUGCAGCAGAUUUCUACUUCAGUUGGGACAGAGCACAAGACAGAGAGAGAGAGAGGGGAGCUCGAGGUUCACCGCAGCUGAAUCCAGGAUUCUGCACAAGUGAUCCAACAUGGAGGUGCCCAGGAGGCCUCAGCCCUCCUUCACACUGGCUCUCCCUAAACCGGCCUCAUCUUCCCUGUCUCCCAUGGGAGCUGUAGAGAAGGUCGCAAAGAUGGAUGGAACCACAGACAGAGAUGAGUUUGGAGGAGAGACAGAGGAGGAGUCGAAUGAGUCUGUGUUUGUGGAGACACCGGACGAGACCUCAGAACUUGUGGAUACAAAUGUAAAACUUACCUCACAGGAUAGUUUCUCCAAGGAGAGCUCGAUAUCAGAGGAGAGGUUGGCAGAGAUGGAAGAAGAGGCCAGAAAGAAGAGUAAAGAGGAGGAAGCAGCAUCUAAAGAGAGGGCCGCCCAGAGACAGAUACUUUCCAUAGAGGAGCUGGUCCAGUCUGAGAGGAAUUACCUUCGACUGUUGCAGGUCAGCACUGUGACCAUCAGGAGCAACCUGCAGAAACUACAGCCUCCUCCAGCCGACCUGGACAGCAUGUUUCUCUACAUAGAGGAGGUGAUUGACGUGUCCAGUCGACUCCUCAGUCUGCUGGACCAGAAGCAGUUUCAGUCUGGAGACCCUCUCUUCCUGGAGACACUCUGUAAUUCGUUCCUCAGCCUGUCUUCAGAAAUUGAGGCAGCCUAUAAGGAAUACCUGGCCAACUACAGCCAAGUUACAGUGUUGGAGAACAGCUACAAACAGAAGGAGACGCUCUGGAACGACAUCGUCAGAGUCAUCAAGAGCUCAGCGCCUGAAGUGAACGCCACCUCUCUGAGUUUCUUCCUGGUGAUGCCGGUGCAGCGGAUCGCCCGCUACCCCCUCCUCCUGCAGACCAUCAAGAAACACACGGACAGUAGUCACCCAGCGUAUUCACUUCUGGAGCAGACCGCUAACACCUCCAUCGCCUUGAACUGUCGCAUCAACGAGUACAAACGCUUCAGAGAAGUUGCUGACAAAUACAAGAAGACAGAAACCCUGACCAUAAAGGACAAGAUCAACCGCCUCAACACCCACAGCAUCGCAAAGAAGACAGCGAGGCUCAGCCAGCAAAUCAAGCAUGAGACUGGAAUGGCACCUAAGCUGGUGGAUGAGGAGUUUGAUGCCCUGGAAGGUUUCUUCUACGUUCUGGAGCAUGGCAUCCUGCAGCUCCUUGAGAACGUGGAGACGUACCUGCACCACCUACAGGCGUUCCUUGCCUGCAAAACAGAGGAGUUCGACUUGGAUAUGGAUGGAGAGAAGGCACCUAUUUGCUACAAGGAGAUCACUACGGCUCUCAGACAGUGGAUUCUUCCUACAUUUGAGAAGAGGAUGAGGACGUUAAUCCACAAGCCGCUGUGUGCGCUCCGUGACCUCCUGGUGGGUCCGAGGAACCUGAUCAGGAAAAGGCUGGACAAGCUGCUCGACUAUGAACUGUUAGAAGCCAAAUCCAAUCUGAGCUAUGAGGAGCAGGAUGUGGCCAACACUUACAGGACCAUGAACACGCUGCUCCUCAAUGAGCUUCCUCAGUUUAACGGUUUGGCUCUGCAGAUGAUCUGGAGCAUGUUGGGGACGUUCAGCUGUCUGCAUAAAGACCUGUCCUCAGACAUGGAGCAGCUGUUCCAGAGCUUUGCACAACAGCUCCCUCACAGCUCUCACAACCCCAAUGCUUUCUGGGAGUGGGCGGAGACUGCAGUGCUGGAAGGUGCGAGGAGGCUGGAGACUUUGUGUCGAAGUGUACAGGACACGCUCAAUGCUCCCGCAGUCCAGCCUCUGAGUCCGUCCUUUCAGCGCCGUCUGAAGCAGCUCACAGAUAAGCACGGUUCUGGAAAGAUCUACCAGGUGAUGGGGACGGUGGUGGGCAGCCGGGACCUGGACCUGAACCUGACCAGAGGGGAGCUGGUGGCCAUCAUCAGUGAGGCAGACACCCGCGGAGACAAACGGAGAUGGCUGGUCGACGCAGGAGGCAGACGAGGCUACGCUCCUUCCUCGAAGCUGAUUCGCUAUCACCAGCCAUCAGAAGACCCGCCGCCUUCGCCACACCUGACCCUGCCUGAUGGCGUCACGGGAGAUCAGAAAAUCAGAAGACACUCCUACACCCCAGAGAGCCGCCCACUGACAGUCAUGAGCCAGCCGUGCUUCCAGGUGUUGGCGGCAUAUGACUUCACGGCGAGAGGAAACCACGAAGUCUCUGUUCGGGCCGGCGAGCCUGUUCGUGUCCUGGAGCCCCACGACAAACGAGGGAACCCUGAGUGGAGCCUAGUGGAGGCGAGAGGUGGGAUGAGAGGCUACGUGCCCUCCAACUAUCUCACAAUCAUGCCUAUGGGGACAGGGCCACCUGGCACGUACCGGCCCUACUGAUAGGAGGGAGGAAAUGAAGGAGAUCGAUCAGCAUCAGCAUGUACAGUAUGACGGGGGAUUCACCAAUACUGUCUUUAGGAGGCUUACAGCAGUGUUUUUAUAAUGAAGGUGCACCUGCUUUCAAGCUAUAGCCUGAUUCUACAUUGCGGCCAUCAGUAUCUAAAUCAGUGUUUUUAAACCGACAUUAGAGCCAUUAAAAACAAUAAUUUGAUGGCCACAGUGUUGGAACUAAAAAAGCGUAAUUCCGUCAACUAGUUUUUCAGUUUUACGCUGGAAUUUUUUUAUUUAUCUUCAUGACUUAGGCAAUGAUCACACCGAGACACGUCACUACAGGCGCGGCCGCUUCCAAAAACGCCUUGACAAAGCAUGUCGGGCAAAACAGUGCGGUGUGCCUGUGGAGCAGGGCUGUGUGCGCAACCAGGCGAUCAAGUGUGAUAAAAACAAUGGAUUCAAGCCGACGUCGAGCUCUUGCCUUUGCUGUGCUAUUGAAUUAUAUAGUUCAUCGUAAUUAAAUACAGCUAAUAUGAACCUUUCGUCUGCAUUUGCCGUUGUCCCACUGUUCCCACCACAUCUACCGGCACCAAAACUGUAGUAAAGUAGUAAAGUCCACUUCUUGUUUGAUUUGAUUGGCUGCCUGGGCAGUGUGACAUUGACGAAAUGGUGCGACUCUGAGCCCUGCACUGAAAAGUUGAGAAUAACUUAACUUAAGGAGCGUAAGCCAGGCACUAUAUACCGUAGGAAACAAAAUGGUUUUGCUGGCGACGCGUUUCCAGCAAAGUAUCUCUGUGUAAUCGGGGCCUUAGGGACCGUUUACAUGUUGCGCCUAAAAACGCGUGAAAAAACACCAGCCGUGUCGCUUUCAUCCUUUUAUCAAAGUUGGGAGGUUGAGAUCCUGUCAUUCCUGCCGUUACUAAGCAACCAAAACCUGUUUGCUGCGAUGACGAUGAUGAUGAAGUUGCAGUAAUUUAGCAGGAAGCCUAACUAAUCUAAACACAAUCAAAACAAAGCUAAAUGGGUUUCCAGCACCAUGAAUUCCUCAAAGUAGCUUUACAGCUUGAUUUGUCUGGGUCAGUUUGGCGGUCGACCUUUCAACCGGAUGCUGUGACGUUCUUAGACGGAAAAGGGUGAAGCCAGUAAAAUAGUCCGUGGGACAGAUCAUAAAGCUCUGGGUAGCCCUGAACUGAAAUGAUUAACUUCUCCGUAUAUUUACUGUAGACUGAUAUUUAUGGAAGAAAGAAAAUAAAUCUGCUGAGCUGUGAUUGGUUGUUCCUCGUCACGGUGCUCGCUACAGCAUUUCAAAAGUUAAGCUAUUUUUAUUUCGUCGUCGCUCUCACUUUUGAGCGCCUUUUCCGCCCGUCUACAUUGACAACAGUGGAUUUGAGAGCGCAAAAAACGCGGAAUGUGAACGGCUCCUUACACUACAACCACUUCCUGUGCAAAUUUUCAAAAUUAAAAGGAAAAGAAACAUCUUUUUUUUUUUUAUUUAUACAGCCCAAAAUCAGGAAUUUGCCUCAAACGGUAGUACAGCAUUUACAGCCUCUAUCCUUAGACUCCUGGUUGGAUUAUUAAUGUCGUAACCUUUUACUAGUAAGGGCUUAUCGUUUUUCUCUUAGGCCAUUUCUGCACUAACUCGGAUACAUUUUUCCCUCCACGCCGAAAAUACAUCUUUUGCUCUCCAAAGUGGCGAUGACACAAGUCUCACAUGAUGGUGUAAAGGAACAAAUUAAAGCUUUAAAAACACUGACAUCUGACUGUAACGACAUCCAAACUCAUCAAAAAUGAUUUGACGGCGCAACAGUGUGAAAACGCCAGGAAGCCAGUUGGCAGGAAGAGCGUAAAGCUGCUGGCUCAAUCGGCGACAGAAGGCAUUUACACAUUUUGCACUCUUGUUGUGAUGUUUCAAUGCAGAAGAAAAAUCUGGAAAUGCUCGUGGGCGAGGAUAACCUUUGAUAACAGUGUUUUAAGAUCCCUCUGCUGUGGACAUGGCCCCACACAAUGCUUGACCUUACUCGUGUUAAUAUAUGUGACGCACUGGAAAAAAAAAAUGAAGGAAGCUAUAACCCUGGUGCUGGCAGUUAUAUGGUGCCUUGCUCAUGAGCACUUUGGCAGGACAGAUGCUUGCUGAGAUGGGAUUUAACUCUGCAUCUUAAGGCUGAAGGACAAUCUCCCAAGUUGCACUGCAAAUCAUUUGUGGUCAUUAUUACAAAAGCAGCAGAGACGAUGGGGAGGCGAAGGGAGGUAUCCCAUGAUCCUCAGCGGGAAGAAAAGGACACUUGAAUUGAAAACGAUAGACUGCAUGUUCUCAUUAGAGUGUGUUAGGCAACACACGGAGAGCAAACAGUGUGUGUGCAUCUGUGUGAUGUGAAAUUGGGCUGACAGGUGUGUGUGCGUGUGUGUGUGUGUGUGUUGGGUCUCCUCCUCCUCACCUGGAGGUAGGAGCAGUACUGUAUCGAGACUGACAGGUACACAGCGCUCUCAUCAUCUCAGACUGUGUAAUGUGAUGUAAAUGUAAAAUGUCUCCAGGGCCGAGUUGGAGAGAGAGAGAGAGAGAGAGAGAAAGAUGAGAGGAGGAGGUGGAGAUGUAAAGACAGGAAGGAAUUCAUACAAGGAGAAGAAGUGAAGGAGUUGGAGGGAAAAUGGAAAAAAGGAUGUGAGGAGGAACAGCAGGCAGUCUGGAUAUCUAUUUUGUCUCAGCCUCCUCCCUUUUCCCCACUCUAAACCUACUCUUCUCUUCCUACAUUCACUCCUGUAUCUGUAAAGGCGAUGUGUGCUUUCUUUCUCUCAGCUCCUAUUACAGUAAGAGACUCCUUGAGGUUUUUUAAAAAGGGUUUAAUCAUAGAUAUAAAAUAGUAUAGACCAGGACUAAAGAGACUUACUUCUGUAUUCACAGGCACCUGAUGAUGCUUGUUGCUAUGGAUACUGUUCAAUGAAUGCAGGUCGCGUCUCUCUGUGGCAUUUUCUUCAAGUUGGAUGGACUGAAAAACAUUUCGCUACAGCAGAAUUUCAGUUGUUUUUGUCGGUUUAGCAAAUGUUUGCCACACAGUAUACAGACCUGCAAGACAAGAAGAGCCAUUAAGUACCCUGGCUUCAGUACAUCCACUUCUGUAUUUGACAUGGAGGCAGAGAGAGAGUCUUUUCUAUACAUUUUUAUUUCUGUGCAUUUAACUUUUUAAAUCAGCGCAUUUUAGGAUGUUUGGAGGAAAACAACUCUCCCAACCUGCAGUCAAAAUUGAUAAUUUUCCUGCAUCUAUAGUAGAAUUUGAAUCUUUUGCAACAAAGAAAUUUGACAUUUUCAAGGAAGAAGCAACAUUUAAAUCUGUAUUUUCUUUAUUAUUCUAUAUUUGUUUAAAAUGGUGGUGUCUGCUCGACGUUGACUGCAUGUGGCACAUUUUGCAUAAAAUGGAGCCUUUCUUUCCACUGGGUAGUGCUGUAUCAGCUGCAGUGGACGUGUAGCAGAGGGAGGGAGCUGCUCAGCUGGAGCUUAGCUGUUCCCAUUCGUGUGAAUGUCAGGACGGAGCAGAGCAGCAGGAGGGUCGGGGAGAUGUUACUAAUAUACCCAAAUACCAAAUGUCCUCAAGGCUAGUAAGAGGAAGGACAAGUUAAAAAAAACAACUUUACCCACAUUUUCACCUCUUAAAAGGCCAAUUCGGGUUGGCUGGCUACUUGUGACUAGUGCAUGUUAGUGCAUGUGAGCGUGCCCCCCCCCUGGCUAGCUCACAGCCGCCACUCUGGACUGCUCUCAUACGGCGGUUACAGCUGAUGACGCCAUCCCGACAGACGUCACCAUUUGCGGAAGCGUAGCACCACCCCUCUGGUUCCCCUCUGGGUUCACACUAAUAGCUCUGUCAGCACUGUUGCUGUUGUUUACACUGUUUGCACCGUUAGCUGCAACCCGUCUCGAAGGUUAACCCACAAUGUUGGAAACUCACACGAGAUGUUUGAAGUUAGGCAUUGAUCUCACAUAGUUAAGGUUAGGAUAGAUCGUUGGGUAGCUAGUCUACCGAGAAUUUUGCACGUUUUAGCCUUGCAUUUUUUGCAUUUAAUCCACUGUUUAUUAAUUCUUCUUUUUUUUUAUUCCUAUUAAUGGCAAAUGAACAGUGGGAACCUGCUAUUGGUCACGCUUCCUGCAAUUUCGAAUCCAUUUUAAAGUAGUUUCUUAUUCCUCAAGAAAAUUUUACCAAAGAUGCACACACUGUAUAAACUAAACUACAUUACUUAAAGCAUUAAGAAACAUGAAAUAUGACCUUAUAUAUAAAGUAAAGGGUGGAUUUUUGUAUUAAAAUCUUCCUUUUUGAUCAGAAACUAGACACAAUUUUGGCUAUGUUAACUUGUCCUUCCAGGUGGGAUGAUACCUUUACAGAAAUGUGUGUGUAUGGAUGUGUGUGUGUGUGCCAAAGGAGGCUGUUUUUCAACUCUUCACCACGAGAGGGAGUAGGAGACCUUGGUUGGCUGUGUGUAUGAGAGCCUGUGUAUUUCACUGUGUAACUGGAGAGUGUGUUAGACCUCUGUACCUUUAUCAGUAUUAGUGCUUGCCUGAGAGCAGAGCCUGAACAUAACUCUGUACAUGCUGUUCAUAUUGUUCAGUUCACCUGUGAUGUUUUUAUUUUGUAUUAACCUGCUGUCAAACCAAUGUGUCUGUCUUCACCACCAUGUGAAGAGCAACAUGUUUAACCUGCUGAUAAUCUGGUUUUACAGUCUGUACAGCAAUUUCUGUUUAUAAUGCAUUGCUUUGUGUCAUUUUAACUUAUUUGAUGCCGCAGGUCUACCUGAUCUGAGAUGAAUCAUGAAGUCUUUGAAGUGUUGCCAAAGUUAUGAAAUCACAUUCACAUGUAUUCACACAGCAGAUGGGAGUGUCUGCAGUGCAGCAGCAGUAUGUGUCCGGGCAGAUGUGAACUGACUGUGUGGCUUCAAUAAAACUAAACAGAAACCUG